AUGGUAGUGGAUACCUCAGGGCUCCACUCACUGAUGAUCAGAUUCUGUUGGUGCCCCAGGGCCCUGAGCACCAACAUGCAACUAUUUGAUAUUGGCCUGUUUCCUGCAUCUUUCACUUUGCUGAAGACAGCAUUCACAUUUGUGGUGUUGGACAACUUCCUGUUGGACAACCUGGAAUGUAGGACAUCGGCAAUGAACUACUACAGUAAGUUGAGGAGGGUGACAUCCAGCAUCUUCCCUCAUCUGGUUCCAGAAUUGAUGAGGGUCAGCAGGCAGUGGUGGCAGCUGAAACAGCUCAAGUGGCAUGGGUUCAGCCAUGAGAAGCCAAAGCCAAAGGCAGGGGAGCUUGCACUUUUUUGCCCAGCAUGCCCACAGCCCAGCAUUAAUGUCAAUUUGGCAGACAGGAAUGCAGCCAAUCCUGCCUGGCUGUAUUCAAGAUCCUUGGUAAUGGACAGCAAUUUCAAGGCUGAGCAUUUGUAUCCAGCCAAUCCAACUGAUGAGGUCACAUUGACCAAUGGCUUGGGAUUCAUGCACGUUCACAGACAUCAAGACAAAUGUUAUGUUUGGUAUGCCUCCAACUUCAUCACUGGUGCCGCAAGGAUAGAUGGCAAAAUCAUGGAGACCCUUUGGGCACCAUUGAACAUUAUAUUGCCCUCAGCGAGGGGGAUGUCCACCCCCCACUGA